AUGACCACUCCAUAUCCAACACCCAUAACCCCCUCCCAAACCAGCAUAGGCUGGAUAGGCAUAGGUGUGAUGGGCUCAGCCAUGGCCUCUCGCCUUCUCUCCGCCGGCUAUACCCUCACCGUCUACGCCCGCACCACUUCCAAAACUCUCUCUCUCCAAUCCCAAGGCGCCCAUAUUGCCAAUUCCCCCGCCGAGCUCGCCAAGCUAAGCGACGUUGUUUUUACAAUGCUAGGUCACCCAUCAGAUGUUCGACAAAUUGUCUUAGAUAACCCCGCUGGCGUUCUUUCUGGCCUAAACGCUGGUGGCGUUGUUGUAGAUACCACUAGUAGUCAUCCAAAACUUGCUAAAAGAAUUUUUGAGGUCGCCCGCGAGAAGAAUUGUUGGGCUGUCGAUGCUCCGGUGUCUGGUGGUGACAUUGGGGCAAAAGAAGGCAAGUUAGCUAUUUUGGCUGGUGGAAAUGCGGAUGUAGUGAAGUGGCUGGAACCUUUGUUUGAUGUAAUGGGGAGGGUGACCUAUGUGGGUGGUGCUGGGUGUGGGCAGAGUUGCAAAAUUGCGAACCAGAUUACCGUGGGUGCGAAUUUGGUUGGGUUGAGUGAAGGAUUGGUGUUUGCGGAGAAGGCGGGGUUGGAUGUGAGAAAGUGGAUGGAGGCAGUGAGGGGCGGGGCAGCAGGGUCGAUGGUGAUGGAGUUGUUUGGCGAAAGAAUGAUUGGGAGGGACUUUAGGCCUGGUGGGUUUACUGAGUACAUGGUGAAAGAUUUGGGGAUGGGUGUGGAUGCUGGGGAAGAGGAGGGUGACAAUGUAGUCGUGUUGCCUGGUGCUGCGUUGUCUAAGCAGUUGUUUUCAGGGAUGGUGGCUAAUGGGGAUGGAAAGCUUGGUAGUCAAGGACUCAUCACUGUUAUUGAAAGGAUCAAUGGCAAGUGA